GUCUUUCCCCACUUCAGAUCCCUUUCAUCAGCAGCAUUUUUAUCACCUCAACACCUAUCCGUACAAGCGACAGCGUUUAGGUGAUUGAAUUAACCAUCAUGGCUACAACCACAGUCGAGACCACAGCCCCAGUUGCGGCGUUUACAACGGUGCAGCUGAUGACACCGGAUGGACCGGUCUCCCGCCGAGUGCGUUGCGGCUCGCCACGCACUCCAACCCUUGAUGAAAUGCCUAUCAUCGACCUCAGUCCCCUCGACGGAGAUGCGACGGCGCGCAAAGCCCUCGCCACCAAGAUCAAAGCGGCAGCAGAGAACACGGGCUUCUUCUACGUCUGCAACCACGGUAUUCCCCAGGAAUUAAUUGAGCAAGCUCUCCAACAGGUCAAGGCCUUUUUCAACCAGGAACAAAAAGACAAGGAUCGGGUCGCGUUUGACAAGGCGGGCAAGUUCUGUGGUUAUCACGGAGUCGGAAGCACGCAGAUCAACAAUCAGGAAACCAGAGACAAGAAGGAAACUUUCUCCAUGCGAUAUGAUACUCGCAUCGACCAAACCCAUGAUUGUAUCGAUGAUAUCAAUUCCAACUUCGAUUCCACAGAUUAUGUCUGGGACGGGACAAGCCAUCUUACAAACUUCCGCCCUAUUCUCACCAAGUUCUAUCAAAAGCGGCUGAUGCUAGCACGUAAGCUCAUCCGCUUGUUCGCGCUUGCUCUCGAACUACCUGAGGACUACUUUGACUCCAUCAUCACUACUCCCGGCGCCGACGCAGUGCACAUCCACUACCCCGGCACUGACGUUAGCGACACCGGCAACACCGAGGAUGUCGACGUCGGGAUUGGCUCACAUACGGACAUCCAAUGCGUGACACUGCUUUGGCAGGACAUGUCUGGUGGUCUGCAGGUUCUCUCGGCAGAUGAUGAGUGGCUCGACGCACGGCCUAUUGAGGGAACCCUGGUCAUCAACAUUGGUGACUUUUUACAGAGGCUCUCCAACAACAGGUUCAAGUCAACUGUUCAUCGGGUGUACAACCGGCAAAAGGCAUCUCGCUAUGCCAUGCCCUUCUUCCUGGGGUUCAACCCAGAUGCGGUCUGCGAGGUUGUGUCGACGUGUAUCGACGAGGAGAACCCUCCUCUCUAUGAACCGAUCUCAUGUGGCAAGUGGCGCGACUCUCGUCUGAAGUUGGCAGAAAGCGGAAAGGUGGCAUGAUACAUAGAAGCUCUA